AUGCACGGGCUCUCGACCCAGUACAGGUACGGGCUCUCGACUCAGUACAGGCACGGGGUCUCGGCCGAGUACAGGCACGGGCUCUCGGCCGAGUACAUGCACGAGCUCUCGGCCGAGUACAGGCACGGGCUCUCGGCCGAGUACAGGCACGGGCUCUCGGCCGUGUACAGGCACGGGCUCUUGGCCGAGUACAGGCACGGGCUCUCGGCCGAGUACAGGCACGGGCUCUCGGCCGAGUACAGGCACGGGCUCUCGGCCGUGUACAGGCACGGGCUCUUGGCCGAGUACAGGCACGGGCUCUCGGCCGAGUACAGGCACGGGCUCUCGGCCGAGUACAUGCACGAGCUCUCGGCCGAGUACAGGCACGAGCUCUCGACCGAGUACAGCCACGGGCUCUCGGCCUAG